UGAGGGAACUAGACACUUCAAGUGAAACCACAAAAGGACCAGGAACACGGGGGGCGUAAUACGAAUAUAUCUGUGAAAGAUUUAUGAGAAUUUAAGGGGAGAGUAACCAUAUUUUCAGCCUUCAGCCCUAGUGCCAGGGUACCUGCUACUCUCCCCUCCUGAAGCUACGUCCCCCCAAAUCACUGCAUGAAGAGCCCCGAGAGCCUGUGUGAUGUCACAUCCGUUACCCAGGUCUGAACACCUCUUCUAGUAGCCCUCCUCUCCUCAGGCAGCACCUUCUCUUGCUCCCCUUACUCGCUUUUCGCCGGCUGCUGGCCACCAAACUUUGGCUGCUGGAUCAGCACCAGGGACAACGCAGGAUGUGCAGCAAAGAGCAGUGCUGAUGAGCUGGCCAGACAGGGGAGCAGCAUCAUGCAGACUCCUUGCAGCCUCCUCCUCCUCACCCUGCUGGCUCUGCUGGAGCUGUCCAAGACCCAGAUCAGCCCUCGAGAAGGAUGGCAAGUAUACAGCUCAGCACAGGACCCUGAUGGUCGAUGUAUUUGCACCGUAGUGGCUCCAGAACAGAACCUGUGCUCGAGAGAUGCCAAGAGCAAACAGCUCCGUCAGCUUCUGGAAAAGGUCCAGAAUAUGUCCCAGUCCAUCGAGGUACUAAACCUGCGUACGCAGAGAGAUUUUCAGUACGUACAGAAGAUGGAAACUCAGAUGAAAGGGCUAAGAGCUAAAUUCAGACAAAUUGAAGAAGAUCGAAAGACACAACUCAAUCGCCACUUCCAGGAUCUGAAGGAAAAGAUGGAUGAGUUGCUGCCUCUGAUCCCUGUUUUAGAACAGUAUAAAACAGAUGCCAAGCUCAUCAUCCAGUUCAAAGAAGAGAUUCGCAACCUGACUAGUAUCUUGACUACCAUUCAGCACGAAAUUGGAGCCUUUGAUUAUGAAGAGCUCCAUCAGAGGGUGCUUGGACUCGAGACCCGACUCAAAGAGUGCAUGAAGAAACUCACUUGUGGGAAGCUAAUGAAAAUCACUGGGCCAAUGACUGUGAAGGCAUCUGGGCCAAGAUUUGGAGCGUGGAUGACGGAUCCCACUGCAUCAGAGAAAAACAAUCGUGUUUGGUACAUGGAAGGAUUUACAAUAAAUAAGGUUGUACGAGAAUACAAGUCUAUGGCAGAUUUUAUCACGGGUUCAGAAUCCAGGACUUACACGCUCCCAGUCAAAUGGGCUGGUACUAGCCAUUUGGUGUACAAUGGAUCCCUCUUCUUUAACAAGUACCAGAGCAACAUCAUCAUCAAGUAUAGUUUUGGCGCUGGGAAGGUUCUAGCCCAGCGUAGCUUGGACAAUGCCGGCUUCAACAAUGUCUAUCCUUAUACCUGGGGUGGAUACUCUGAUAUUGAUCUGAUGGCUGAUGAGUUUGGGAUAUGGGCUGUCUAUGCCACAAACCAAAACGCUGGCAAUAUUGUCAUCAGUCAGUUAAGACAGGAUACACUGGAAGUGGUAAAGAGCUGGAGUACUGGGUAUCCCAAAAGAAGCGCUGGAGAGUCCUUCAUGAUCUGUGGAACUUUGUAUGUCACUAAUUCUCACCUUACUGGAGCCAAGGUACACUAUUCAUACUCUACCAAGACCUCAUCCUAUGAAUACACUGACAUUCCUUUCCACAAUCAGUACUUUCAUAUAUCCAUGCUGGAUUACAAUGCCCGGGAUCGUGCCCUCUAUGCCUGGAACAAUGGUCACCAGGUGCUCUUUAACGUUACCUUGUUCCACAUCAUCAAAACAGAUGAAGAUGUGUGAGGUGGGAUUUAAGCCUUCUUCCAGCUGGAGCACAUUUCCAACUUUUACCAACAGAUCAACAAUUCUUUACUUUACCCCCUUGCUCACCAUACCAUUCUUUUUUCACAGUUCUUGAUUCUCAAUAGCAACCCUCUUCAUUGUAUUCCUCUCUCUCUACAUUUCAAGCUACUAUUCUUUAAUUUUAGUUUUCUAAUCAUAAUGCAUCAUCUGGUAAGAUUUAGGCUAUUUUUUAAAUAAGGCUUUCUAUCAGAUUGAUAGCACCCAUCUAUGUUCAUCUCUAAUUGGUGUACUUUCUUAAAAAGCAACUUGGAUUACAUGUUUGGCCUAAAUAGUGUACAGGUACGUUUUUGUCAUAGCUAGCAAAAUGAUAUUUGUAAGGUUAAUUCAUGUUUUUCCAUAUAUUAAUAUAUUCUUCUCACCAUAUAGUGUUUAACCAUCAUGCAUUGUUCAGAAAUCCUGUAUAGUACAGUCCUUUACAGGACCCUAACAAGUAAUAUUGUAGAAAAGCAAGCAUAGGAAACAGAGUAGGAGGAGUAUAUCCAGAAGAAGGAAGAAAA